AUGGACUUCCUAAAGAGUUUCAGAGAGUUUCAGCAUAAAGUGAACUUCACCAUCAUAUACCCAAGGGUUUCCACUCACCGUAACAUGCAUGACAGCUUCUGCACCUUCCAGCCACCGUCCCCUGCGGACGUUCUGGAGGAACGCCUCCUACUAGACUCCAUUGCUUGGCCUGAAACUUCAAUUCUACCAGAUCCUCUUUCCCUGGAGCAGACCAGUGAUCCUGCCCACAGCAGCUUCACCAUUCUCCCACCAGGGAGGGGAGGAGGAGAGUGGCGCGUAGGGGAUCAGCUGGAAGUUAUGAUCAAAAUGUAUGACUUUAACGGUCGCCCAAAAACGUCUGGGGGAGAUCUGUUAUUCUCCAGGCUGCACAACCUGAAGCUUGGUGCAGGUGUGGCUGGACAAGUGGUGGAUCAUCUCAAUGGCUCCUACUCUGCUGUGUUCUCUUUACUCUGGGAAGGAAGCGCACAGGUUGAGGUGACGCUGGUUCACCCUAGUGAGGCUGUCACAGUGCUGCGCAGGCUGAACAGUGAACAGCCAGACAGGGUUUAUUUCCACAGCCUCUUCCGUUCAGGCUCUCUUUCUGAAACCACUACCUGUAACGUCUGCCUACGUCCAACCCAGCAGCCGCUGUGCAAUUACACUGACCUCCGUACAGGCGAGCCUUGGUUCUGCUACAAGCCAAAGAAGCUGAGCUGUGAUACCAGGAUCAGCCACUCCAGGGGAGUUUUUAAAGAAAAUCUCAAGGCAGGGGAAGAGAAACUCUUUCAAAGUGGUGUCAACAUGAAAGUCUCUGUUCGGGCUUCGGGAGCUGCCAGUGUCACUGUGAUGCCAAAAAAGAAAGGUCAACCAGAGGUGAAGAGCAGCAUUGUGAAGUCUGGACCUUCUGGCUAUUACUACCAGGGUGCAUGGCAAGCAAUAAUUGGUACCAGUGUUCAACAAUUCAACACCUCCUCUGACAUCAGUCAGUGUCUGAAAGGCAAGAAGGUCCACCUGUAUGAAGACUCCACCAUCAGGCAGUGGUUUGAGUACUUCAGAGCAGCACUACCAGAUCUUAAGGAGUUUAACCUGCGCGGCCCGAUGCAAGUUGGACCUUUCAUGGCCUUGGACUAUGCAAGCAACAUCUUGGUGACAUAUCGCUGCCAUGGUCCUCCUCUCAGUUAUACCAUUGUUCCAACCGCCGAGCUGCGUUACGUUGCAAAUGAACUAGAUGGCUUAACCGGAGGCAGCGACACUGUCGUAGCUCUCAGCAUCUGGGCUCAUUUCACCCCUUUCCCCAUGGAGGUCUACAUCCGGCGGCUGCAGAGCAUCCGCAGGGCGGUGGUGCGGCUACUGGACAGGGCUCCAGACACACUGGUCGUCAUCCGGACCGCGAACCCCAGAGCUUUGACUUGUACUAUGGCGCUAGGCUACAGCGACUGGUAUGCGGUGAACGGUGACAAAGUGCUCAGAGCUGUGUUCAAAGGUCUGAAUGUUCAUCUGGUGGAUGCCUGGGAGAUGUGCCUCGCCCACCACCUGCCACACGACGUCCACCCACCUCCUCCCAUUAUUAAGAAUAUGAUUAAUGUUCUCUUGUCCUACAUAUGCCCUCAAAAGGGCGGUUAGAUGUGUGGUUGCUCACUAACUGUAGCAGAAUCAAGUGAAGCAGAUUAAAAAUCACAUUCAGAUUUA